AUGCGAGCUUUUUUUGUGUAUGCUCCGACCGAGCCUGAGCAGAAGAAACCGCGCGAGCAGGAGGGUGCCCUCAGCACAAAGGACAAGAACCUCGUCGAUGUCCUGACCCACGUAAUCGAUGACCGGAUGUGGAGGCAGGCGGAAAAGAUCGAUCGCACGCUCGGCGUCAUGGCGCAGGCCACAGAUCAGCAGUUUUCGGACCUGCGAAAGGAGCUCGACGCCGAGAGGAAGGCCAGGAAGGCGUUAGAGGAGGUGAUGAGGAAGGAGUUCAUUGAGAUCAAGAGGCAGGCAUCCCAGCGGGCCAGCUCCAUGCCGAGAUCCAACACCUUUUUCGGGCCCAUCCAGCUUCGCGGAGGCAAGAACUAUUCCAUCCGCAUCAAGAUCCACCAGGAUGUACUUCAGGAGGUCCACGGCCUGUGGAAGGACAGUCUUGCAGCCGGCGAGGGCGACCUCCCGGACAAGCAGCGGCCGUACGUCACCAUGGAGAGGGCUCCGGAGGUCCAGGGUAAGUACGCGCUCCUUGGGAAGAUAAAGCAGUUUAUCCAUGGGAAGCUUCAGGGUGAUCGUCGUUCAAUUCGUUGCCAUUGGUCUCCGGAGUUCGCCAUCUACGAGGAGGGUGCGGGUGAGGGGAGCGAGAUCCACAUCGGCAGCGUCACAGACUCGCAGACUAUUGCAUGGGGACCUUCCGCUCAGGAGCUUCUCGGGGACACGCCGGUUGAGCUGACCAAGCAGGCCGGUCUGCCCGCGGGCCGCGUCAGCAUCGCCGUGCCGCUGCGGCGCGCGCGCCCGGCGCUAGCGCCGCCCCCGGUGGCUCGGGGCGCCUCGGGCCUCGGCGGGUCCGCGCCGCGGCAGGCGGCAUUGGUCGCCGAGGCCGUCAACUUGUCGAGCGGGACGCACAGCGAGGUGCUACGGAACGUGGGCGAGGUGCAGUACAUCGGCGCCCUGCUGAUCGGCAGCCCGGGGCAGCAGGUAGAGGUGAUCUUCGACACCGGCUCGUCGGACCUCUGGCUGUUCAGCACUGUGUUCGAUCCCGCGGCGUCGUCCACAGCGAGGCGAGGUUCGGGGGACGUCUCCAUCGUGCCGCGGCUGGCCGCCCUCCGGCCGGACGACGUCGCGCUGGAGGGUAUGGCCGCCGUCGCGGGCCAGCCCGUCAUCACGCUGGACCAGUCGUCCGGGAUGCAGCACAUCGUGUCAGGCGGCGUCUUCGGGCUCGGGCUGCCGGGGCUGUGCCACACCGGGGAGACGUUCCUGCAGCGCCUGCGGGAGAGCAGCAGGGCAUCUCGAAGUUCACCCUGCUGCUGA